GCGCGGAGGAGAGAGGCGGGCCGGGUUCUCGCGCGAUCUGCCUGCCCGCCGCCGCCGCCGCCGCGUUCCUUCCUUCCCAUUCAUCGGGAGAAUGCAGGACGUCGACGUGCAUCGAAACCCGGAAGCAGCUUGAGGCGAUGGCGGCGGCAGAGGGCAUGGGGCAGCAGUGGGUGCUGGUGGAGAUGGUCCAGGCCUUCUACGAGGCUCCAACAUACCAUCUUAUUUUGGAAGGGAUUCUAAUCCUAUGGAUAAUCAGACUGCUGUUCUCCAAAACAUACAAGCUUCAAGAGCGAUCUGACCUCACACCUAAGGAAAAGGAAGAAUUGAUUGAAGAAUGGCAGCCAGAACCUCUUGUCCCUCCAGUAUCAAAAGACCACCCAGCUCUCAACUAUAAUGUUGUUUCAGGGCCCCCAAGUCAUAAAAUUAUCGUUAAUGGCAAAGAAUGCAUAAAUUUUGCAUCAUUUAAUUUUCUCGGCCUUCUGGAUAAUGAAAGGGUUAAGAAUGCAGCCCAGGCUUCUCUGACAAAAUAUGGCGUUGGUACUUGUGGGCCUAGGGGAUUUUAUGGAACUUUCGAUGUACAUUUGGAACUGGAGGAACGACUCACCAAAUUUAUGAGGACUGAGGAAGCUAUCAUAUAUUCGUAUGGAUUUGCUACAGUUGCCAGUGCUAUUCCUGCCUAUUCAAAGCGAGGAGACAUUGUGUUUGUUGAUGAAGCGGCGUGCUUUGCCAUUCAGAAAGGAUUACAGGCAUCAAGAAGUAACAUUAAGAUGUUUAAACAUAAUGAUAUGGCUGACCUUGAGCAUCUACUGAAAGAGCAAGAAACUGAAGAUCAAAAGAAUCCUCGUAAAGCCCGUGUAACUCGAAAGUUUAUUGUGGUAGAGGGCUUGUAUAUUAAUACUGGAAAUAUUUGUCCUCUUCCAGAACUGGUGAAACUAAAGUACAAGUACAAAGUGAGGAUAUUUUUGGAAGAAAGUCUUUCCUUUGGAGUAUUGGGAGACCAUGGACGUGGUGUCACAGAACACUUUGGAAUUGAUAUGGAUGACAUUGAUCUUAUAAGUGCUAAUAUGGAGAAUGCACUGGCCUCUAUUGGAGGAUUUUGCUGUGGAAGAUCCUUUGUCAUUGACCACCAGAGAUUGUCUGGUCAAGGCUAUUGCUUUUCAGCCUCUCUGCCUCCUCUCCUAGCUGCCGCUGCCAUUGAAGCUCUCAAUAUCAUGGAGGAAAACCCAGGCAUCUUUCAGGUUUUGCAACAAAAAUGCAAGCGGAUGCAUAAGGCUUUACAAGGAAUUCCUGGUCUGAGAGUGGUUGGACAAUCACUUUCUCCAGCGUUACACCUCCAGUUGGAAGAGACCACUGGAUCUCGAGAGAGUGAUAUGAAAUUACUGAAGGAAAUCACAGAUUAUUGUAUGAACAGAGGUAUUGCAUUAACUCAGGCUCGCUAUCUGGACAAAGAAGAGAAAUGUCUCCCACCACCCAGCAUCCGAGUUGUGGUGACAGUAGAACAAACGGAACUGGAAUUAGACAAAGCUGCCUCACUUAUCAGGGAAGCUGCAGAGACUGUAAUGAUCUAAGGCCUGCGUAUUUGGAUGCUUGUUUUUCGCGCAGCGUUGGGGUACUUAUUUUCUACUCCAUUUGGAUUGACUUGCACUCCAAAUGUUCAAGCGCUUUAAUUUUAUCAUUUUGAUGGAAAUGAAAGCUUGACUUCCACUGAGUCAUUCCAGAACAGAUAAUGUUGCAAAUAUGGGGAUACUAAACAUGCACUGUAUGUACAGAAUUUAGCUCUAUUUUUAAGUCCUGUUUGAAUUGGAGGUCAUUGUUACACUGGUAUUUUACAUUGGUUUCACUUCUGUUCUUAAAGGGCCUUAUUCCUUUCCCUAGUUCUCUGAAUGUGUAAGAAAAGAAAACAAGCUAUUUCUGGAAGUUAAUGUGUAAUGCUACUGAGCAUGAAAAGAAUGCAGCAAUUUACAGAAUAUUCUUAAUUCCUCUUAAUAAAAUGUAUUUAAAUAACAUUUUUCCAAAAAAAGUUCCUAUUACUGUCAAACUGGAAUGUUAAAUGGUAUUGUGGAAUCCUGCUUUUGAAUUAUGUACUUAAAUAGCUUUUAUUACUGGGUAUGUAGGAAUUUAUACACUAAAAAUUUUAAUACCUUUUAUUAUUUUUGAAAUUCUCAGAAGAGUUUUUUAACCAUUUGUCAAAUUUACAUCAAAUGUAUCAUCUCAUGCCAAAGCCUUUUAACUUUAUAUUGAAAUACCAUCCUCCCAUGUGGGUUGGCCGUUCCCUUGAGUUGUCCAUGCAUUUAACCUGUAUUGUGAUGUCCUGACCAGCAAUCCUGAGCAGGCACAUAUGAACACAGCCCCCCAUUCAUUCAGCGGAAUGGGCAAUGCCAUGUGUGUAUGCAGGUGUUUGUGCACAGAAUGAGUGAGGCAACUUGCGUAUGCAAAACGGUGUGCACAGAUGCAGUUCAGAAAGAGUGUCUUCAACUAGGAGAAUAAACACUGAUCCUUUACACACACUGAUGGUGAAACUAGUUCCGUCAUGUACAAGUUUACUCAUCAAUACCUCUCUAAAAUAAAAAAUCUUGAACAAACCUAUUAAAUGCCUGUAUUUAGUUGCAGUAGCACACAUCUGUUAAUAGAAUCAAGAAUUUCCAACCUGAAAUAACUUCCUUAAGGCCUCCAUUAAGGUCUACAGGAAAGAUUUGCUGCUGUAUACAGAUACAGCAACAGUCAUUCAUAUUCCAGAAGUUAUAGUGUGCCAGCUGUGAGAGAGUUGACGUAUUAUAACUUCUGUAAUGUGAAUCCUUGUCCUAGGGAUGCUUAUCUUUGAGGAAAGCUGCUUUUGAGACUUUGUGUUCUAUCUGGGUUCUUUCUACACUUUUGUGCCUUUUUUGGUUGCUGCUACAUGGAUUCCAGAGCUAAAUUUGAGAUAAUUUUCUUUAAAAAAAUAAAUAAAAGCAUAUAUUUGA